GUGUGUGUGUGUGUGUGUGUGUGUGUGUGUGUGUGUGGUAUUUUCCCUGUAGAAGGGAGAAUAUAUUUAGCCAAAUUCUAAACACUUCCCUGCCAUCUGAUUGGUUGAGCCGCUGUCAGUCUACAUGAAGGAGGCAGCAUACGGUUUACAGUUCUCUCUAAGGGAUUGUGUUGUCUGCCAAAUUUAACCCUAACACACACACACACACACACACACACACACACACACACACACACACACACACACACACACACACACACAACAUGUUUAUUGGCGGAUGGUUAUAGCUUGUAGUCACAGUUUUGUUGUUGCUCUGUGUUAAUGAGAGGUUUCAGCUGUGUGUAGAUGUGUGUGUUGGGACUCAUACUGGAUGUGAACAUAUAGUGAAGACUGUGUGUGGAUAGUCAGUCAUGGGUGAUUGGAGCUCAUUGGGGAAGUUGUUGGAGAGUGCUCAGGAACACUCCACUGUGGUGGGGAAGGUGUGGCUCUCUGUGCUCUUCAUCUUCAGGAUCCUGGUUCUGGGAGCAGCAGCAGAGAAGGUGUGGGGCGAUGAGCAGUCAGGUUUCACCUGUGACACCAAGCAGCCUGGCUGUCAAAAUGUCUGCUAUGACCGAACCUUCCCCAUCUCACACAUCCGGUUUUGGGUCAUGCAGAUCAUCUUUGUGUCAGUUCCCACGCUCAUAUACCUGGGACACAUCCUGCACCUGCUGCGUAUGGAGGACAAGCAGAAGCGUGUGGAUAAGGAUGGAGCUGGGAAAGCGGGAAAAGUAACAACAACCAUUCGGGAUGAACAGGGAAAGAUCAGGCUGCAGGGAGCUCUGCUUCGCACGUAUGUGUUCAAUGUCAUUUUCAAAACCCUGCUGGAGGUGGGCUUCCUGGUAGCACAGUACUUCCUAUAUGGCUUUGAGCUCAAGCCCAUGUACACGUGCAGCAGCUGGCCAUGUCCCAAUACAGUAAACUGCUACAUCUCACGCCCUACAGAGAAAACCAUCUUCAUCCUGUUCAUGCUAGCUGUAGCAUGUGUGUCACUUCUCCUAAAUUUGGUGGAGAUGUACCACCUUGGCUUCACCAAGUGUCGACAGGGUCUCCGCUUUCGCCAUUCGAUCUCUGACUCUUCCUCCAAAACACCUAGUGAGGAAGCUGUUAUUCCAUUUGUUGCCAGUUACCCCUAUUACCCUGCCCAUGCCCCACCCCCUGAGCCUCAGUACAAACUCCCAGACACUGACGGCUCUUUUCCCGCGUACGGCAGUCGCUCCGCCCACAAACAGAACAACGAUAACCUUGCCGUUGAGCGCAUCACCACAGAGACCAAAGCUGACCCUGCAGAAACCAAACCUGAUGAAACCAGGGUGAAGAAAACCUCAAGUUCUGCCCCUGGAUCUCCGUAUUACCAGCGCAGGCCGAGCUAUGCUAGUCGCUAUAGCAACAAUAAGAGCCGACUGGACGAUCUGAAAAUUUAAGGAGAAGAAAAAAAUGAAAUAAAACCUAACAACCAACUAGUGAUACCACAAUACACACAGAUACACACACAUACAGAUACAAAUGCAAACAAACACACACACACAAACAAUAGACACAAA